UUAAAGUCAAGUAAUGAUCGCAAUGCCGUGGUAAACAUUUGUUAUCUAUUAUUGUCUUGUGUUCGAAAGUCGGACUGUGCGUCUGUCCGAGGGGCGUGGCUGCAGGCUGGGUACCACUCCAGACCGAUAGCUUAGCAACAGAGGCAAGAGGAAGAGACAAUGGUUUGGCCAUUUGUCGGCGGCGUACAUUUUCCAUGAAGUAGGCCGUAGUAGAAGCCGUGUGAGCUGAGAUAAGCCAGGUCAGAGAUGAUGUCAUGUACACCACAAGGCACCGUGGAAGCGAAGACUGGAUCCUCGAAAUGUAAACAAAGGGAUGCGGGCCUCCCAGCUGGCCUGUGAUGAACAGGCUUUCCAAACGUCAGCGAUCGCUUGUGAAAUCCGAUUUGAAACAGAGAGUGUUAUUUCUGAGGUGUGACGUGUGAACAGACACUAUGGCCACGCAGGAACCGUCCCCCCCCUCGUCGAUGGAGAACAACAAGCCAGGCUUUCCCAGGAAGAUCCUGGCCAACAAGCUGGAAGACAAGCACCUCUGCAACUGUUGUCACAACAUCCUCAGACGCCCCUACCAAGCCCAGUGUGGACAUCGCUUCUGCUCCUAUUGUUUCAAUAGGACUGUCAGCAAUGGACCUCAGAAAUGCAACGCUUGCAUUAAAGAAGAGAUUUUUGAAGAGCCUACAUCCAUUUUGAAGCAAGGAUGUGCUUUUCCUGACAAUGCUGCUCGGCGAGAGGUUGAAAACCUGUCAGCGGUCUGCAUCCACGAGAGCUGCACCUGGACCGGCAGCAUCAAGGAGUAUGAGGUGAACCACGAAGGGAAGUGUGAGUUCAUGAUCAUCCCGUGUCCGUCCUGUAAAGAGAGGGUCCGUCUCAGCGAGCAGGAGCGCCACAGCGAGCGAGAGUGUCCCGAGAGAACGCUGAACUGCAAGUACUGCAAGGAGCCCUUCCACUUCAAAAACAUAAAGGCACAUGAUGAAAUAUGCCCAAAGUACCCGAUGAUCUGCGAAGGAUGUGCCAAGAAGAAAAUCCCCCGGGAAAAAUACGUUGACCAUAUCAAGUUCUGCAGCAAGUUCAGGACUCCAUGCCGAUUUCAUGUCGUAGGCUGUGAUAUGUCCGUGGAGAAGGAGAAGAUCCACGACCACGAGCGCGCCUGUGCCUACGAGCACCUCAACCUGCUCCUGCAUUACAUCAUGGGCAUGAAGGUGAGCAUGGAGGGCCUCCAGCCGCAGGGGCUGGAGCUGGCCGGACACAAGCUGGUGGAGCUCCACCAGUCCCUCCGGGAGCUGGAGGCCAGAGUCUCCCUGCUCAGCCACACCCCGUCUGGGCCUCCCGUGCAGGGGGCUGCCUCGUCCUCGUCCUCUUCCUCGUCCUCCUCCGGCGCCGCCGCCGCCGCCUCCUCAUCCGCCUGCAGCUCAGGAGCUCUGGCCUCCGCCUCCGCCCCGCCGCCCCACCCCUCCUCCGCCCUGGCCCCCGUCCUCACGGUGUCCACCUCCUUCACCCCACUGCCCAGCUCGGUGGGCGCCGCCCUGGAGCUGCAGCUGCACAGCGAGAAGACCAAGGUGGCGGAGCUGGGCCGCCGCUGCAUUGACCUGGAGGUGAAGGCGGGCACCUUCGAGAACGUGGUGUGUGUCCUGAACCGGGAGGUGGAGCGAUUCGCCACCACCAUGGAGGCCAGCAACCGGCAGCACCGGCUGGACCAGGACAAGAUCGAGGCCCUGAGCAAUAAGGUCCGUCAGCUGGAGCGGACGGUGGGCCUGAAGGACCUCACCGUGGCCGAGAUCGAGGGUCGACUCCGAGAGAUGGCCGCCACCACCUUCGACGGCGUCUUUGUCUGGAGGAUCUCAGACUUCACCAAGAAGAGACAGGAUGCCAUCGCGGGUCGCGCCCCCGCCAUGUUCUCCCCUGCGUUCUACACCAGUAAGUACGGCUACAAGAUGUGUCUGCGUAUCUACCUGAACGGCGAUGGGACCGGCCGCAGCAGCCACCUUUCCCUGUUCUUUGUGGUGAUGAGAGGCCUGAGCGACGCGCUGCUCAAGUGGCCUUUCAACCAGAAGGUGACCCUGAUGCUGCUGGACCAGAGCAACAGGGAGCACAUCAUCGACGCCUUCCGGCCCGACGUCACCUCCUCGUCCUUCCAGCGGCCCGUGAGUGAGAUGAACAUCGCCAGCGGCUGCCCCCUCUUCUGCCCGCUCGCCAAGCUGGACUCCAAGAACUCCUACAUCCGCGACGACACCAUCUUCAUCAAGGCCAUCGUGGACCUCACGGGCCUCUAGGGGCCCCCGGGGGCCCUUGUUCCGGUUGUUUCUUGAGGGUUCACACGCGUUGUCCGAACGUAUGCUGGGCCUGGCGUUGGAAGGGCUUUUAUUUUGAAAGGGCCCCCGGGCGUUGGUGUCGGGGGGGCAGGAUGGUUCCUCAGGGAGAACCGGUUCACCUUACUGUACAUUUUCCUGCAUUUUCCUGCGUUAUCCGUCGCGAUGAGGGUGAUGGUGAAAAGGCUAGGCUGAUCAUUGACCGGGUGGGGGGGAGUAGAGCUUAAUAUAGACAUGUCUAGUGGGAGGAACCAAUUAGGAGACGGAUAUAGCAUGUUUUUACUUCCUGCUUCGAGAGAACUUAGUCCUCUUGGUGACCGUGGCUUGGUUUGGAUUGGCUGAUGCAAUACAGCCGUGUCUUACAUUAUAUAACAGAUACUCAUUGGUGUGAUGUCAUGUAGUUGUAGAGAGGCUGCGGGUUGCUUGUGAGUUAGAGUGUGAUGUCAUGAUAGUGUGAGAGGUGUGAGGCUGCUUCUGAGUUAGGGUGUGAUGUCAUGAUGGUGUGAAUGAUGUUAGGGUGUUUGUGUGUUAGGGUGUGAUGUCAUGACUCUGUGAAUGUUGUUAGGGUGCUUGUGAGUUAGGGUGUGAUGUCAUGACUCUGUGAAUGUUGUUAGGGUGCUUGUGAGUUAGGGUGUGAUGUCAUGACUGUGUGAAUGUUGUUAGGGUGCGUGUGAGUUAGGGUGUGAUGUCAUGGCGGUGUAGCGAGUCAGCGGGCAGCUUGUGAGUUAGGGCGUGGCGUGCACAAUAUUUGCUUUUUUCUUGCCAAACUGGUACUGUCGAUAUUGUGAGCUUCUUGAUGCUACUGUUGAGUAAAUUUGCAUAGACAAACGUGGAGUUAUGUUAUGAAUACAAUUAUAGGCAAAUUAAUUGCCUCUUUGCGCAAAGUGCAUGCAGCUAUAUUUAAUUGCCCUUUUUUUUUAACUCAUACAAAUCUAUUUCCUUAAUUUCUUUCCACUGAGCGGCGCGAAGCGAACUCCGGGCUUCGAGGUUGCCAUCGUUGGUGAAACUCGCCAUCCGUAAUGGUGGACAUUGCCUGCGUGUCGGAUCCAGGCAUCAUAACAACACAACACAUACACGCAUGCAUACCGCGCACACACAUCCAUGUUAAAUAGCGUUAGCGUUUGUGUGACCAAUAGGGGUUGACGGUUUUGAUUGGUGUUUCGGUACAUCUGUGGAAGAUACAGUGGAGUUAUCAGGGAGUCAGGGAAACUUGCCAAUCAAGCACCAUGUGUGUCCCGCUAGAGUCCGGUCUGGACGAGGGCCCGCAUGCAGACCUUCCCACCCACCCCCCCCCACCCCCACCCCACCCCUGCACCACGGGGAUGUGCCCUUAGGGCCCGUCCCAACACCCCCCUCCCCCCUCCCCCCGCCACUGGAGGUUCAACACAGAUUCCAUGAAACUAAAGCAAAAUCAUUUUUCGUUCCUCGUUUUAAUUGAUUUUUGCCGUCCAUAUAAAUUGCAUAUAGUGUUUUUUUUUUUUUUUUGUCUUUCUCUUAAGCUAGAGUACAGAUGUGAAUCAAUCAUACAAUCAUUGUCGUUGUAGGGAACAUUGAAAGGAGGCUGAAAGUGUUUGUUGAAGCGUUAUUUAACGUAGAUGGAUGUUUGAUGCAGCUCCCCCCUCCCCUCCCCCCAAAAAAGACACCUCAUAACCUUGUUUUUAUUUUAAAUCAAAGUCGACGUACCAUUGAAUUUGUUAGACAAACCCCACGAAUCACAGCGGAAAAAGGCUACAGCUUUAUUAAAUGUGAUUUCUUUUUCCUUUUCUAUCCGGAGAUAUCAGACGCUUUGCAUAUUUUACGAUUGUGCCUCCCGGGAGCUUGCUAGCCCUGGCAGCGAGGCCUCCUCUCGGCCUGUUCUGAAACCACUCUUGGUCUGCAUUGAGGCCCCUCUGUGCAUGGGAGGCCUCAAUUCAUGUUCACUAUGGAGGUUCACGUCGGUUUGCUUCGUAGGCCCGCGGCGAACACUUUUAUUUGUAUUAGUUUGGAUGGAGAUAACCAUAGUAAUGCUAUUAUGUUAUAUCUUGCUCUGCGUCCGUUCUAUAGGGAUAUAAGCAGAUGCAUAUAUUUUAUAUAUAUAUAUAUAUAAAUAUAUAUAUUCAUAGCAAUUUAUAAAUAUGUAUCUUUCAUAACAUAAUGUUGAACUAUUCUAAAUACUAACAUUAGUAAACAGUACGUGUUAUAAUAUUCAUAGUAUUACUAAAUACCUUAAUGAUUCUAUAUCUAUAUACCAACUUUUUGUUUGUCAAGAUGGUUUGAACAGGCCAGGACAAAGUCAGGAUUAUUUGCUUCUCAAAUUAGCAUAUUUUUUCUGUUACAUUUGGACUAUUAUGGCACCUUUUCUUGAAGACUUUACGAAGGUCAUUAUUAUAUGAACAGUAGCCUACACUGCUUGGAAAAAAGAGGCGGGAAAACAGAGUUAAACGUUGAAGCUAAAAUAUAGAAGCUAGCUUUGCAUAGGCGUAACCCAGAGCUCAGAUGAUGUUAACGCUGUGGUUGAUUUAAGGUUAUGAUGUUGAUUUUACAAACAGUGCUGUAGAAAUGGAUUCAGAUCCACGACAUAGGCCUACAGAGCUGGUGUUACUAUUAUUGUGUGCAUGAAAUAAGCAGAAUAACUUAAUUUUUUUUUAACACGUAUUGUAUUGUGCCAAAAUCAGAUGAUACCUCCAUACUAACAAUGUUGUAUUGCAAGCUGUAAUUUAUAUUCUAUGCUAAGACAUGGUGCCAAAUAUAAUAGAAAAGUAUGUGUGUGUGUGCUUGGUGUUAGGAUGUGUGAGGAACAUGUUUUGUGUGCGUGUGCCUGCGCGUUUAGUGUGUGUGUGUGUGUGUGUUUGUGUGUGUGUGUGUGUGUGUGUGUGUGCGCUUGGUGUCUGUGUUUUACAUUUCAACUUGAUGCAUGGGUCAAUUAUUCAACCACGGACGGAGAUUUCGGUAUCAUUAAAUAUUUAAUAUUAAGCUACUCCACUAAAUAUAGACCCUGUUGAGGUUUUGAAUGUAAGCUGUCGUUCCGUGGUUCUUUAUUUACUCGCUGAUGAAACCGUCAACCACGUCUCUAAUGUGAUGCAGUUGUGUUUGACAAUUGGACUUGUCAUUGUGCACUUUGUACUUGUUCCUUCUCCAAACAGGGUAAUGUUUUGUGAUUUGUACACCUUGAAAUCAGAGCCAUAUACAUUCUGAUGUCUUUCAUUAGUGUACCGUGCUACGAGUACAUGCCGUAUAUGAAAUAAAGCUACAUUUGUCAUCUCGUA